AUGGCGAGUCCCGGACAGAAAGUGGUGCUGAUCACCGGCUGCUCCUCCGGUAUCGGCCUGAGGAUGGCCGUGAUGCUGGCCAAGGAUGAGCAGAAGCGCUAUCAUGUAAUAGCCACGAUGCGUGAUCUGAAACGCAAAGACAAGCUGGUGGAAGCUGCAGGGGACGCCUAUGGGAAAACUCUCUCUCUGGCUGUACUGGACGUCUGCAACGAGGAGUCGGUCAAACAGUGCAUUAACGGCAUCAAAGAUCGACACGUGGACGUCCUCAUCAACAACGCAGGUAUCGGCCUGGUGGGUCCAGUGGAGAGCAUCCCCAUUGAAGAGAUGAAGAAAGUUUUUGAGACCAAUUUCUUCGGGGUGAUCCGCAUGAUCAAGGAGGUGAUGCCUGACAUGAAGAAGAGGAAAGGAGGACACAUCAUCGUGGUCAGCAGUGUGAUGGGACUGCAAGGGGUGGUGUUUAACGACGUGUACGCAGCUUCCAAGUUUGCCAUGGAGGGCUUCUGUGAGAGUCUGGCUGUGCAACUCUUGAAGUUUAAUGUCACAUUGUCACUGAUUGAGCCGGGCCCGGUGCACACAGAGUUCGAAGCGAAGAUGAUUCAGGAUGUGAAACAGAAGGAGUAUCCUGGAGCUGAUGCUGACACAGUGAAUUACUUCAAAAAUGUCUAUCUUCCUUCCUCUGUGGACAUCUUUGAGACACUGGGACAAACGCCUGAUGACAUUGCCAGAUGCACCAAGAAAGUGAUUGAAGCGAGCAGCCCGCGUUUCCGUAACCUGACCAACCCGCUGUACACGCCCAUCGUAGCACUGAAAUACGCUGAUGAAACCGGAGGCCUGUCUGUCCACGCCUUCUACCACAUGCUCUUUAACCUGGGUCCUCUGAUGCACGUCAGCAUGACCGCCAUGAAGUACCUCACCUGUGGAUGUCUGAGGAGCAGGACAGUUUCACCAAACUAGAAAU